UUUUUCACAAAAUGAUUAAAGUAAACCAACACCAAAAAAAGAAAAAGAAACCAGAAAAAACAAGAGAAUUAGAUAGAAAGAUAUACAAAUUUAAAGAUAUCAUUAAACUACCAGUUCAACUCUUAUGUCAUCCCAAGUAUUUUUGGCACCUUACUGCUAUGUUGCUGUUAGGCGAGUUUGUCUUGAGCACUGUUAUUAUUAAGAAAGUAUCAUACACAGAAAUAGACUGGGUUGCAUAUAUGCAAGAAGUAGAAGGUUUUUUACAAGGUGAACGCGACUAUACAAAACUAAAAGGCGAUACAGGACCACUUGUGUAUCCUGCUGGUUUUGUCUAUUUUUAUUCAGCAUUAUACUAUCUAACCAACAAAGGCACAAACAUUCGAUUAGCUCAGUAUGUGUUUGAGGGUAUUUAUUUAAUCAGUCAAUACUUGGCAUGUGCUAUUUAUCACCAAUCAAACAAAGUGCCACCUUAUGUAAUACUCUUGCUUGGAUGCUCAAAGAGAUUUCACUCUAUUUUCUUACUCCGUUGCUUUAAUGAUCCAGUAGCCAUGAUGUUUAUGCUAGGAUGUAUUUUAGCCAUGACCUAUCGACGUUGGACAGUAAGUGCAGUCUUGUUUAGCUUAGCUUUGUCUAUCAAAAUGAAUGUAUUGCUCUUCUUUCCUGCCUAUGGUAUCUUAUUAUGGCAAACCAUUGGUGCAUACAAGACAAUAGCACAAUUGGGUCUCAUGGUACUUAUCCAGAUAGGAUUGGGUUAUCCAUUCUUAAGUCAAUACUCUUCAAGCUAUCUAUCAAAAGCAUUUGAAUUCAGUAGAGUCUUUGAUUAUACCUGGACAGUCAAUUGGCGAAUGAUGAGCGAGGAAACCUUUGUGUCGAGUUGGUUUGCUAAAGAAUUACUUGCUGGACAUGCGUUCACUUUAUUGAUGUUUAUUGUUUGUAUCUGGUGUCCACCUAAAGGGGGUUUAAUCUAUGUAUUCAAGCAAGGCUUUUCAUUCAAGAAACCAAGUAUAAUGAUAUCAAACGAUGAUAUUAUUUGCAUGAUGUUUACUAGUAAUUUUAUCGGUAUUUUAUUUGCACGAUCACUUCAUUAUCAAUUUUAUUCAUGGUAUUUCCAAACACUGCCUUACUUGUUAUGGCAAUGUGCCUGGCAAACAUCUAAGCAAGGAUUUCAGACAACAUCACGAAUUGUGAUAUUUGUCACUAUUGAAGCCUGUUGGCUAACAUUUCCUUCAACAGUAAAAAGCUCAUGGACAUUAGUAGCGUGUCAUAUCAUGUUGUUAUUAGGUAUUUUUGGUAAUUCACCUGGGGUUAAUUACAAAAUACCAACAAUAGCAAAAUAAUGAAUAAAGUUUGCUUAUAUAUAUAAAAAAAGGAGUAAAUAAAAUGAUCACGGCUUAUUAG